CAUUCACUUUGUAGUCCGUUCAAUAGACUCACAAAAUAAAACCUCGGCGACACUAACACUGAACCUAAGGGUAGGAAACAUCUCAUCAUUAAGUUGGUUAAACUUUCUAUGUAUUUUAAAUUCUCACAUAAAGGAGGUCAAAGUCCAGCUGGUAACCCGUGCUCAGCUACUCGUGACAGACAUUGAACAGCCUUCUGUCCGUUAACGGGAUCGCGCGAUGACCAAGCAAUGAGAAAACAUGACAUAUGGCAGCUCUUUUUGUGUUAAUGGCGGCAUGAAGAUUACACCGAGCAAUAAUAAUAAUGGUCAUUUUAUAGUCAUCCCCAAGCCCCUAAUGUUGUAAAGGGGUUAGAAAUCUUAAACCUCACUGGUCCACAGGUGGGUGGACCACCAGUAUGGACCCCUGGCAAAAUCUGGUGUCCAGAUGUACGGCAUGGUGGCAGAUGCACACACCGCAUGCUCUGAGAGCUUGUGUGUAUGAAGUGUGUAAACCACUGGUGCCGCUCCUGCUGUGCAUUGCAGCCCUGGUGGCUGUGAUUGUGUAUGCGCUGGCCGAUAAUCUACACAGCUUUGUAAGCAGGAUCUUCAUUCCCCAGUACCACUAUCCUUUUGCAGUGCCAAUUGCAUUCAUACAGGUAUUUCUAAAUCUGCUGGCACUGCUAGCUUUGCACGGCGUGGGUCUGAUUCACCUCAAGCCUUUCUCCCUGAGGCUGGCAGAGCGUUUGUUUGUGCCAGCGGUCUGCGGGAGUGUUCAGUGUGUUUUGGCUGUAUGGGCUGAAGCGUGUACUCACUCUGGCCUGUUCCAGCUGAUAGCCCGCUUCCUGCCGAUGGUCAGCGUGAGCUUGGGUCACCUGUUUGCUCUGAGCAUUCCAGGCUCCAUCCCUGUGUCUUGUUUUCUGACUGUGCUCACUGUCUCCUCAGUCGGCGUCACAGUGUGUAAAGGACUGUAUGCGAUGGAGCCGCUAGAGUUUGUGUAUUCUCCACUCAGCCUGAUCCUCCACAGCCUCUCUCUGGCCUGGUUAGCUAAAGUGGCCCAAACGGAGCGAAGCAACGCCUCAACCUUUGACCUCUACUACACUCUAACAGUGACCCGAACCCUUUUAUUAGGGUUCCUGUGUGUUCUGCACCCCGAUGGCCCAAAAGCACUGAGUCAGGGCAACUGGCACAGUCUGCUGUUUUGGGGAUACAUGCUCGGGAUGUUGCUGCUGGGCGCCGUGCAGCUACUGUUUGUGGAUGUAACGGCGCUGUAUUUUUCUGCUCUCCCCGCAGCUGUUCUGCAUGCAACCCGGGGCCUGGUUCUGCCCCUGUUUAGCCUGCUAUAGAACAGAUGGAUCAAUCAGAAUGUAGAUCAUUCUGAGAAAAAACAUGGAGUAAUUAACGAAACACCCAAUAACAGUAUUAAUUUAAUUUAUAGGCAUGAUAACCUCAUGUAAAGAUCAUUAUAAUUAACAGAUUCAUUUAUAUAGUUAUACACUGAUGUGCAAUUCAUUUCUCCUCUUGCACUGAAACUGACACAUUACAUCCUACAAAUGGUCUGGUUUAUGAAGGAACUUGAUUUGAAGUUCUGGAAUUAAAUGGUAAAGGUAAAAGACAGUGUUUCCAGGUAUUUCACUAUACUGUUCUGCGGUAGAAUUACAGAUUGUCAGCUGGACGCUUUGAGAAUUAAAGUAUAACAUUUCUAUUUUGCAUUAACAAAAUCUAAAAACCCUUUUUAGGACCUUAAUGUUUUUUUCUAUUGUAUUAGUUUCAAAAUUUUGUUAUCGCAAUGCAAAAAUGAUGGUUGAAUUUGUUUGUACUGGGUUUAAUUAAAAAAAAUAGAGCCUAUGAUUUGCAUGAUCUGGAAAAUGCAGCUGGAACUGCAGAAUCCAGUCAUAAAAACUAUCAUGUGGAAUGUUGUGGCAAAUUGUUGAUCUAUCAAAAGCAGUGCUGUGCACCUAAUCAAAUCAUUAUGUGAAUUAAAUAUAUAAAUAGAAAAUAAAUAAAGUGAUAUAGGGACUUUACACUGACCGGACACUCUUUAGAUACACCUGUCCAACUGAUCGUUAACACAAAUUUCUAAUCAGCCAAUCAUAUGGCAGCAACUCAAUGCGUUUAGGCAUGUAGACAUGGUCAAGACGAUCUGCUGCAAAUUUUCAAAUCUGAUGAAAAUGGGGAAGAAAGGUCAUUUAAGUGACUUUGAAUGUGGCAUAGUUGUUGGUGCCAGACGGGCUGGUCUGAGUAUUUCAGAAACUGCUGAUCUACUGGGAUAUUCACGCACAACACUUACCAGGGUUUACAAGGAAUGGUCUGAAAAAGAGAAAAUAUCCAGUGAGCUGCAGUUCUGUGGAUGCAAAUGCCUUGUUGAUGCCAGAGGUCAGAGGAGAAUGGCCAGACUGUUUCCAGCUGAUAGAAAUACAACAGCAACUCAAAUAACCACUCAUUACCACCGAGGUAUGCAGAAGAGCAUCUCUGAAUGCACAACAUGUCCAGCGUUGAGGCAGAUGGGCUACAGCAGCAGAAGACCACACCGGGUGCCACUCCUGUCAGCUAGAACAGGAAACUGAGGCUACAAGUCACACCAGAAUUGGACAAUAGAUGAUUGGGAAAAACGUUGCCUGGGCUAAUGAGUCUCGAUUUCUGCUGCGUCAUUCGGAUGGUAGGGUCAGAAUUUGGCAUCAACAACAUAAAAGCAUGGAUCCAUCCUGCUUUGUAUCAACGGUUUAGGCUGGUGGUGGUGGUGUAAUGGUGUGGGAGCUGUUUUCUUGGCACACUUUCGUCCUUUUGGUACCACCUGAGCAUUGUGUCAACGCCACAGCCUACCUGAAUAUUGUUUCUGACCAUGUUCAUCCCUUUAUGACUACAGUGUACCCAUCUUCUGAUGGCUACUUCCGGUAGGAUAACGCACCAUGUCAUAAGGCAUGAAUCAUCUCAGAUUGGUUUCUUGAGCAUGACAAUGAGUUCACUGUACUCAAAUGGCCUCCACAGUCACCAGAGCUCAAUCCAAUAGAGCAUAUAUGGGAUGUGGUGGAAUGGAUGAUUCGCAUCAUAGAUGUGCAUUGCGAUGUGCAUGGAUAUGUCAUUUCAAUAUGGACCAAACUCUCUGAGAAAUAUUUCCAGUAUCUUGUUGAAUCUACACCAUGAAGGAUUGAGGCAGUUUUGAAGGCAAAAGGGGGUUCAACCCGGUACUAGUAAGGUGUACCUAAUAAAGUGGCCAUUAAGUGUAUAGUGCGGUACUGUGAAUGGUGAAAGGUGCUGACUUGACACAAAAAGAAUUUAAAAUAAGCUUAAUAUUUAAUACAAAAUCUGUAUUUUUAAUUGUUUUAUAUUUUAAUGGUGAAAUAUGAUCUGGGCAUGUUCUUGACAUGUUUGUGAGCUUCACCGAGAGUAUACUACAGUAAAACACUCAUCUUGCAAUAUACUUAAACAAGAAGAGCCAAUAAAAUGUGUGCUCUGUAGAAACCACAUUGAUAAUUUAACCUUUUUACAAAAACAAUGUUAUUUAAAUAGAAAACCUAUGACAUCUCUAUUUAUUUAGCUCUCAAUAUAUGAUACAAACUACAGUAUUGUUGUUAAAGUUUUGAGCAAAUAAAACACUGAUGAGGUUUUCUUGUGACCAAACAA